AUGGGCAGCAACGAUAGGUCCUCCUCGGGAGAAGCCAAGCGGCGCCGAGCCAUCAGCAACGCCCAGAGGCGAGCCCUCCGCGCCUGGUACUACGACCAGUCCGAGGGCCCCAAGACGCAGGCCGACGCCUCGGUGUGGUGGCACGAGGUCUACGGCUACCACCUCAACUCGAGCACGGUCAGCGAGAUCCUCAGCUACAAGUACGACUUUCUCGACGCGGACCCGUACGCCGCGGCCAUGGGCGGCCCCGCCGACGACGACGAGAGGAAGCGGGACCGGUCGGCCAAAUGGGAGGAGCUCGAGGAGGAGCUCAUCAAGUGGAUGCUCUGCUACGAGUCCAUUGCCGGCGAGGGCAGCGUCACCAACAGCAUGCUGUGCCAGCGCGGCGCCGAGCUUUGGUACACCUUGCCCUGCUACCAGGGCAUGCCGGUACCCAAGUGGAGCGAGGGGUGGAGGAGCCGCUUCAAGGCGCGGUACAAGCUGCGCCGGUACAAGAUGCUCACGGAGAUGGCGAAUGCCUUUUCCUCCGACGACUACUCGUCUGGUGCGUCGUCUUCAACGGCUUCGGGUUACGGCUCCAUCUCGUAUGGCUAA